GUAUAGUUUUAGUAUAGCAUGCAGCGUGUACAGUCCAGUGUAGUGUACGGUUCAGUGAUUGUGCUUUACCGACGGUGUACCGACAUGACUGCCUCCACCGUCUCCGUAAUUCUGGUCCCGAUAUUUGUGUCUGUACGACGCAGACAAAACCAACUCAAUUCCCAACUCAAAUCCACAAAAACUUCAGACUUUUGUCGCUUGUUUUUUUUUCUUCCACUAAUUAAUUCUCACUAACCAUUAACACCAACUGGCCCAUGGCCGCUCCCUAAUGAUCUCACACAUAAAGCUCCAGUCGACGUUCCCCAUGGAUUAUACGCCCAGCCAGCCCAGCCCGCCAGAGACUCCAAGAAUGAGUUCCCUGUCCCUGACACUGACACUGACCCAGUCACAAUCUCGCCAACAACAGUCACUGUCUCACUCACUGGCCCUGGCCCACUCCCCUAAACCGAAAAAGAACAUCCCGCUAGAAUUAACAGCCUACGGAACCACUCCGUCAGGGAAACCUCGACUCUUUGUAUGUCAGGUAUGUACCAGAGCCUUUGCCCGUCUAGAACAUCUUCGUCGUCAUGAGCGGUCGCACACUAAAGAGAAACCUUUCAGUUGCGGAGUGUGUCAGCGUAAGUUCUCCCGACGAGACUUAUUGCUAAGGCACGCUCAGAAACUCCACGCUGGAUGCUCGGAUGCCAUCACCAGACUCCGUCGCAAGUCCAUGAAGCGUUCGGCCAAUAAUGACGACGAUGACGACGAUGAUGAAGAUGAAGAAGAUGAUAAUAAUGACACCGACAUGAAUGACACUACAAAAGAUACCGGUACCACUUCCGGUAAAGAUAUUAUCAUUACUAAUGAUUCUUCUAAUGCUAAUUCCACUAAGGAUGUUGAAUUCAAUCUCAAUUUGUUCAGUACUAAGAAGCCAAGGCGUGCUCCUGCUAAAGUAUCAAAACCUAAAGCCAUGGCUACUGUAAUGGCUACAGCUAUGGCCGCCUCUUCUUCGAGUCCAUCAUCAACAGGAUCCACCCGGAAAUCUUCUGUAUCUGGUACUUCCGGUAAUUAUCUUCAACGUCAAGUGCUUGAUAAUAACCGUAAAAAGAUACUUGGUAGAGCUCGUAGAGGUGCAUCAUUUUCGGCCCAAUCCGGGGCCAAUUAUGCCGUCAGUAUUCCGGAAUUCGAUGAUUUGUAUCCUAAUACCGAUAAUGUCGAAUUCUCCACUCCUCAAUUGUUACCUUCGUCCAUGAAUGAUGAGAUGAGUUGGCUCAAUAAUCUUUCUACAAUUCCGGGGUUAUCACAAACUCCCAUGGCUCGGAAUAAUUCCAUAACGGUCGAUUUGCAGCAUCCCGGUCCACCUCUUAAUGUAUCACAUCAUGGAUCAUUUUCUUUACCAUCUAGUACAGGUGCAGUAGCCCACAAAUUAUCCACUACCGAGAGUCUCAAUAGCAUUAAUAGUCUAGAUAAUCUAAGCUAUAUGAUGCCUACAGCCACCAUCACUAAUCAGGAAUUACAGAAUGGAGUAGCGGCUCAGGUAGCUGCUGCUGCUGCUCAACAGACUCAAUCCAAUAAAUCAAAUUCGACUCAGAACAAUCACAACCACAGCCACAACCAAAACCAAAAUCAAAAUCAGAGCCAACCCCAUUCAGAUCCCAUAGACGAUGCUCCUAAUGACUUUGGUUAUUCAUUCUACGAUAUACCGGAAACCAUUUUAUCGGGUAAAAUGUUUGAUAAUCUCAAUUCCGACUUGGGUACUCAACAUCAUCAUGAUCAUCAACAAUUCACUCAACAACAAUUAAUGGGACUUGGACCUCAUCAACAACAACAACAAAUGCAUCAUAUGUUUAAAGCCCUUACCCCCAUUAAACAAGAAUUGGAAGAUGAACUUAUGCAAGAUGAAUCAUAUUCGGGCAUGCCACCACCCCCGGUAUCGGGUAACCCCUCGGGUCUGCGGUCAGCUAAACCCUCGACUUCUACAUCCACCAACUUUGAUCUUAACUUUUUAAAUGAUAUUGAUGAAUUGACUCAUGAAUUUGACGUUAAUGCUAAGUUCAUGCCCAAUGGAUACUCGUUCUAUGGUGACAAUCCCCUGGCAUCUUCAUCUGGAAUUGAAACAACCUCUCCUCCGCAAAUGAGUCCGGAAUUGUACACUCAUCCCUCGACUCAUGCGGAAUCACUUAUGGAUAUCACCUUGGAUCAUGCACAACUCUUAAACAUUGAGAGUUCAAUAGAUCAACAAUCUGGUCAUAGUUAUAAUCAACAGGCAUUCAAUCAAUUUGCUCAACCCCUCGUACCCCCACCUCAAUCCAGUUGGAAAGCCAAGUAUAAGCUCGGUAAUUUCAGUCGGAAUAAGUUAUUCACCAAUAAUAUGAGGCAUAUGAUCAAUAAGUCACUUUCUAAGUAUCCCAUCAGUGGAAUUAUGACUCCGACUAUCCCCACCAAUGAGAAGUUGGAGUUUUACUUGGCUACAUUUAUCCGAAGUUUCUUAUCUCACUUCCCAUUCAUUCAUAUUUCCAAAUUAAAUGAAUAUGAAAUUAUGAAUAUGACUGCUAAUGAAGAUAUUAAUAAUGAAAGUUCUCGAGUAUGUUUACCCCUUUUGAUCGCCACCAUUGGAGCAUUAUUCUCCAACAAUAAGAAUGAUAGUGAACAUCUUUAUGAAGCAUCUCGUAGAACCAUUCAUAUUUAUCUUGAGAGUCGAAAGAAUUCUGUUACUUCGGAUGGGGAUGGUAAGAAAGAUAAGGAAAGGGAUAAAGAUAAGGAUAAGGAUAAUAAUCUGACCAUUAAUCCAUUAUGGUUAAUUCAAUCAUUAACCUUAUCAGUGAUCUAUGGACUCUUUUCAGAUAAUGAGAAUAAUGUUUAUAUUGUAAUUCGACAAUUGAAUGCGUUAAACUCAUUGGUGAAGACAUCCAUUAAGAGCAAUAGAGUCAUAUUAUUCUCUAUUAAUGGUGAAGAUGAAGAGAUCUUUAAUCAAUUGAAUCUGUCAAUCCAUGCCACGAGUCCUCCUUCUAAGACCAGUAAUACUAUGAAUAAUCACCAUAACAAUAACUCCAACAAUAUCAAUAGUAACAGUAAUAACAAGAGUAAUAGUAAUUCAUUAUUCCCCAACACUUUUGAUGAUGAAUUGAAGUUUAAGAACAAUAUCAACAUCCAAUCACAGAUUAGAAUUGUAUUUAUGAUCUAUCGACUCACGAAUUUCUUGCUUAUGAUGUAUAAUGUUCCGUUAACAUUAAGUAUUAAUGAUUUGAAUAACUUACUAAUCCCUAACCAAGUGCAUGAGACAUUAUGGGGGUUAAAGAAUUAUCAAGAAUUCCAAGAGUUUAGUCAUAAACAAUUAGGAUCUAGUUCGAUUGAUACAUAUAUUGGUAGUGGAGAUAAGAUUAUCUAUAAGAAUUUACUUUUAAAAUUAACGAAAUCAGGAGGGUUUAGUAAUGAGACAGUAGGACAAUUGAAUCAAUUAAGUAAAUAUGGAUUUAUUUGUAUUAUUCAUGGAUUGUUUGAAAUUAAACAAUAUCAAGAAAUGAAGAAUAUCAAUAUCUUGACGAUAUUAGAUUAUUUAACUCAAUUUUUACCUACCAAUAAUACUACCAAGACUCAUCCACAAGAUUUUGAAAAGUUGGAUUAUGCAUUAUUAGUAAAUUUUAUUAAAAUCAGUACUUUGGUAGAUUUUAAAUUGGUUAAAGAACAAAGUUGGUUACGUAAUUUCGAUGAAUUAACGAAGAACUUUAAUAAGUUUUUAGUUGAAAAUAAUCCGAAUAAUGUUAAUGAUAAUGAUUAUUUAAAGAUUAUUGAUUGUUGUUUAAUGAUCAUUAAAUUAGUAUUGUUUAAAUCAGAAGAUAUUACGGAUGAUAACAAUAAUAAUAAUAAUAUUAAUGAUCAUGAUAAUAUUCAACAUUCCAUGUUUAGUACGGAUUUUGGGUUUUUAAAUAAUAAUGGAGGCAGUUUAAUGGGUGAUCAUCAUAAUCUUCAACAUCUCCAACAGGCAUCUCCUGAUAAUAAUCAUGAGUUUAAUAGUCUUUUAAUUGAAGAUAAGUCGAAUGUAAUUAGUGAACGAGAGAAUAGUUUAGUGAGAUUCGAGAAAUUCAUUCAUCUCCGAAUUUAUGAAGAGUUUGAUAAUAGUACCAAUUCUAUCUUAUCACAAAUGUUAUUUCAUGUAUUUACCAUUUUGUCGGUAUUUUCUAUCUACAUUUUAAAGAAAAACAAUACAUCGGCUGGUAAUACAGUUAUAAAUACCAUGGAUGGAGAUUCAUCGCCUGAUUUGUUAUUUGAACUCAACCAUCGAUUCAGUACCACCUUGAAAUUGCUCGAUAAGAUUGAGAAUUUCUUGAAGUUGAAGUAUCAUGGUGCUGGUAAUAAUGGGUCUAAUAUCAAAUUGGAGCAUGACUUUACCAACUUGUAUUUAUUCAAUGGUCAACAACAACAACAACAACAACAACAACAACAACAACAACAACAACAACAACAACAACAACAACAGCAACAGCACCAUCUCAACCAGCAUCAACAAUCACAACCACAGGAUGCAGGCAACGCCCAGAGUUUGGAAAAGACCCUCUACAUAUUACGAAUUGGAGAAAUGCUCAUGAACUACUUGUACGACUCUAACAUUAAGGUGUCUAUCUUUAAGAAAUUAAGUGGAAGUUUAGCCCACAUACGUAAGUCAUUGGCCGAAAACGAAUCGCGCAUCAUUUCUUAGAGAUUUGACUUUAUAAAGUAUUUAUUGAUAUUAUAUUAUAUAUUAUUUAUUAUUCA